AGCUGGCCGAACAAACAGCCCGAUACGAGUACUAGCGCACUCCUUCUCAUCGAUCUUUACACAUCAAAUGGCAAAACAAAUAGUACUACUAGUGCUUCUGACUGUGCUAUGCAAAUUAGCUUCUCAUGGUGUACACGGCCAGUAUUCGUUGACGAGCGCCACGGCGACGUUCUACGGCGGCAGCGACGGCUCCGGAACAAUGGGAGGAGCGUGUGGGUACGGCAACCUGUACAACACCGGGUACGGGAUAAACAACGCGGCGCUGAGCACGGCGCUAUUCAACGACGGCGCCAUGUGCGGGGCCUGCUACAACAUCUACUGCGACACGAGCAAGAGCAAGUGGUGCAAGCCCGGCACGUCCAUCACCAUCUCGGCCACAAACCUCUGCCCGCCCAACUACGCCAAGCCCAACGACAACGGCGGCUGGUGCAACCCGCCGCGGCUGCACUUCGACAUGUCGCAGCCCGCCUGGACGUCCAUCGCCAUCUACCAAGCCGGCAUCGUCCCCGUCAACUACAGGAGGGUGUCGUGCCAGAAGCAGAAUGGCAUCCGGUUCGGCGUAAACGGGAAUAACUACUUCGAGCUGGUGGUGGUGACCAACGUGGGGGGCUCCGGCGUGGUGGCGCAGAUGUGGAUCAAGGGGUCCAGAACGGACUGGAUGGCGAUGAGCAGGAACUGGGGAGCCAAUUGGCAGAGCAACGCCUACCUCAACGGGCAGAGCCUCUCUUUCAGGGUGAAGCUCGACGACGGCCGCCAAGUCACGGCCACCGACGUCGCCCCCUACUACUGGAACUUCGGGGCCACCUACGCGUCCUGGGUCAACUUCUACUAGCUAGCUAGCUCAAUCCAUCCAUCGGCACGUACGUACGCGCGGCAAUAAGAAUUCGGUACCGCUAGAUCGAACAAUUACUUAGUAUAAUUGAUCUUACGGUGAAUUUAAGGUUAAUGAUGUGCCCACUCUACCUAUAGCUAGUAGAUACAUCACUGCAUCGUUGUUGAGAGGCAAUCGGAGCAGCGCUUCUUAACUGUAAGAAUUUUGUCCUACUUAGCUCUUUCUGCUCGAUCCUGCAUGGAUACCUGUAGUCGUAGCUGCAUUUGUAUUGCCUAGUCAGCGGCUUGGUACCCCACAAGCCCGCUAUGCAGUCAACUCAGCACAUAUAUAUUUUUAUUAUCCAUUAUCAAUUUUGACAUAUACUAUUCAGUA